UCAAAAAAAUACAACCACUGAUGCAGACCGCAAAUCACAGGAAAAUUCAUGAAGAUGUAGGCAACAACUUUCCUUAAAAUUUAUUACAUUCUAUCAACAGAUGCAUUUACGCCCCAGGAAAGUAUACAAUAAUUUCCAUAAUUAAUUUCGAUCUCGAUUGGAACUUAUAUUUGGUUGCUUAGCGGAAACUUUGUAAUUUUUUUCUGAUUUAUUUUUGCUCCAACACGCAGUGAAAUUGGUUAACUCUAUUACAUAAUGAGAAUGAGAUUCCUCAUUGUCCUAAUUAUUGUGAUUGUAUUAUUUGAAUCGUCGCACGGAAAGCUAAAAUCAAAGGAAGGAAAGAAAAAAGCUCCACGAUUGGACUUUGACACUUUGUUUCGAUACCUCAUGAAAUAUUUCCCGUCAACUCCUGAUCUGAAACAGCUGUUUGGCAAGGUGCAAAAACCAAAGGCCCCGCCACCAUCCGAGAUGUCGACCCCUACCCCGGCCACCACCAAACUUCCCGCCAAUAAUGACGUAUCCACAUGUAGAAGUGAAUUUAGGGAGAUUCCAGGGCAUACAAUGUGUAAGACUGAUAACAAGAUGUCCAGUCAAUGGGGAGUCUCCAACAAAGACAAAAUUGAUAUAGUCAAACAACACAACAUGUUGAGAGGGAACGUAGAACCACCGGCAACAGAUCUCCCGGCCAUGAAAUGGGAUGAUCGAUUGGCUGAAGUUGCAGAAAAAUGGGCCAAACAAUGUAUUAACCAGCACGACAAAGUCCGAAGUAUUCCAUCAUUAGGAAGUACAACCAUUGGUCAGAACGUUGCUGGUGGGCAACCUAACUGGACUGUAGCUGUCCAAAUGUGGUGGGACGAAAUUCAACUCUGGAAAUACGGUCCAGAGCCUGAUACCUAUCUCGGCUACAAUGGUUGGCUUAAAGUUGGUCAUUACACACAGAUGGCACAAAACGGAACUUACCUAGUUGGAUGUGGAUUUGCGUUCUGUGAGAAUGAUCCAAAUCGUUACAAGCGUUACUAUGUCUGCAAUUACGCCGCCGGGCAGGCAAACUUAGGAAAGCCAUUUACACAGGGAAAACGCUGCAGCAAAUGUCCGAAAUUCUGCAAGAAUGGACUGUGUGAUUGUGGUGACAGAAAAUGCAAUAAUGGUGGGACCCUAAAUGUUGAAACUUGUGAGUGUGAAUGUAAGAAAAUCUACUCCGGACCUUCAUGUGACGAACUGCUUUGUCCGGAGGAGGACGUUUGGAUCUGUGGUAGAACCUGGACCGUGGACCUGUGUGAUAAGUACGCUAAUAUCCCUUAUGAUUGUCCCUACAUGUGUGGAAAGUGUCAGGAAACUGCAGGAGACAAACCGGGAGCCGCAAGCAAAUAUGGAAAAGCUAAAUCAAUGAAGAGUAAAAAUGUGUUCACGUCGACUCAUGGAUGUAACUAUAAAGGGAAGAGAGCUACUCCAGAUGAAUGCAAGAAGUAUGGUGACAAAGGACAGGACAUCCGUCAGUGUGGGAGCAGGGGCGGGGCACUGUCCUGUAAGCAGUGUGAUGUGUUCUCCAACGUCAGGUCCGAAAUGUGCCCCGUCAUGUGCGGACUGUGUGAUCCUCCUUGUAAUGGAAAAGUCUGUAGCAAUGGUGGAACGUUAGAUCCAGAAACCUGUAAAUGUACCUGUGUACCCCCAUAUAAACCACCAACUUGCGAUGAAGCUGAUUGCAGUAAACCCGAUAGCAAGGUGUGUCCUGGUUGGCCUAAGAAGUACUGUAAAACUUAUUCCAAUGUUCCAGAAAAGUGUCCGAAGAAGUGUGGAAUUUGUCCAUAAUAGGUAUCCGAACGCAUAUGCAGAUUAGAUAACAGUGGAGUAGAAAAUGAAACACAUUCUAUAGCCAGUUAACUAUAUACCUUGUAUUCAUAACAAAUGUCAGAAUCAUAUGUCUUGUGAUCUGUGGAUAGUUUGAAAUUCUACAACGUCUGUAACGUAUAGCUUGUUCAAAGAUACCUAAAUUUGUUGUAUAUUUUUCAGAUUUUAAUUUCAUACAUGAAAAUUAAACAUAUAUCCUUGACA